AUGCCGGCCACAGCUGGACGCGUUCGCAUGCCCGCUAACAACAGGGUGCACAGUAGUGCCGCCCUUCAGACUCACGGCAUAUGGCAGAGCGCCAUCGGUUAUGACCCUUACGCCCCCAACAAGGAUGAGUCGAAACCUUCAGCACAGCAGGCAGCAUCGUCCGCAUCUGCUGCCGAACCUGAGGGUGAAAAUGCUUAUGCUAGCUUCCAGGGUCUCCUGGCACUUGCACGUAUCACCGGUGGCUCAAGUGCAGCCGAUGAGGUCCGCGGUUCUUGCAAGAGAUGUGGACGUGUUGGACACCUCUCGUAUCAAUGUCGAAACUUCCUCAGUACGAAAGAAAGUAGUGGCAAGGACAAAGACGGUCUACUUCAAGCUGCUGCGCUCUCGGGACUGGACAAAUUAAAGGGCAGUAAUGGCAAAGGUAAAGAGGAAGAUAGUGACGAAGAAGACGAGGAGAGCGAGACCUCGGACUCUGAUGUGAAUCCGGAGAUUGAGAGGAUCAUUGCUGAAAGGCAGGGUAAGAAGAGCAGCAUGAAGGUGAAGUCCUCUAAGAAGAAGAUGUCGGAUUCUGAUGAAGAUGCUUCGGAUUCCGAUUCAGAGAAGAGGAGCAAGAGAGGGAGGUCGAAGAAGAGGAGGAGCAAGAAGAGAGUGAGCAGCAGCAGCGACUCGGAGGAUGAAGGCAAGGGGAGGAGACGGAGGAAGGAAAAGAGGAGGAAGAGAGACGAUGAUUCAUCCGAAGAUGAGGAAGAGCGGCGCCAUCGAAAGAGGAAGAGCCGGAAGGAGAAGAGGAGGAGGAGGAGCCACCAUCAUCACUCCGACGAUUCUGAUUCGGAGGCUAGCGAGUCUGCUGAUGAUGCUAGGGUUGGAAGGAGGACAAAGAGGUCUGAGAAGAAGAGUAGGAAACGUCGUCAUGAAAGGGAGUAG